CCCGCACGAGUAUUGGGGCUCCUUAAAUUUCACUUUCUUCGGGACGGGAAUCUUUCUUCAUCCAAUUCUACGCCAGAAGCCCCGCGUCUCUUACCCCACUUCCAGCGAAGUGAAGCGUGCUGGGUUUCGCGCUCUCACCUUCCCAGCCCCGAUUCCGAAUAAAAGUCGGGUCUGUGCUUGCGGAAGACUGGAUCUGGGUCGGACGAUGUGGGGUGAUCAUCGACCGAGCGGCGUAGCGAUUCCUUUUAGCGCGUCGCUGCUGAAGGACGCCAGAAGUUUCUCUUUGGUUAGGUUUUAGAGGGCGAUCGCUGGGCGUACAUGCACGGGCAUGUCCUACACGCGGACCGAGGGGCGUGUGGGUGCUUUAAAGACCGUCCUUAUAAACACGAGAGACGGCCAGUCCGGGCGAGCUUUUCCUAAAGCCGCGCUGUGCCUCUGCCCUUGGGCAACCAAUUUGUUCGGCUCGUGUCAGGCACGCUCCCAAAACGGCUUUGUUCACACGGGUCCCCGCGAUAGAGGGAUAAAAAUCCCCCAGCAGCUGGGAAGAGGCCCCAGUUCCUUCAUCCCGGUGGAAGAGAUCUUACAAGAAGGAGUUGAGAGCACCCAGCGACGCCUCUUCGUGGAAGCCUUCGUUUCGACGGGCAGAGUGGAUAACAUCACCAUGGUGAUGGGGCUGCAUCCAGAGUACCUGACAAGCUUCUGGAAGACUCAGUACCUCUUGCUGCGGAUGGAUGGGCCCCUGCCUUACCACAAGCGCCACUACAUCGCGAUCAUGGCAGUUGCCAGGCAUCAGUGUUCCUACCUGGUUGGCUUCCAUAUGGGGGAGUUUCUGCAGGUAGGAGGGGAUCCAGCCUGGCUGCGGGGUUUGCAAUAUGCCCCGCAGAAACUCAGGAACCUGAAUGAAAUCAACAAGAUUCUAGCCCACCGGCCUUGGCUGAUCACCAAGGAGCACAUUGAGGCACUGCUAAAAACAGGGGAAAACAGUUGGUCUCUAGCCGAACUCAUCCAGGCCCUGGUCCUUCUGACCCACUACCACUCGCUGGCCUCCUUCGUGUUUGGCUGCGGCAUCAACCUAGAGAUUGACCAGGAAGCAGGACACAUCUUCCGACCACCUUCGCCACGCAGUUGCGAUAGCAGCCCCAGCUCGGAAGAUGGGACGAACAGUUCCAGUAGUACAGAUGCUAUGGAGGAUGUGGAAGUGCUGAUGGAGAGGAUGAAACUGCUACAGGAGUGCCAGCUGGAGGAGGAAGGCGUCACCCAGGAGGAGAUGGAGACCCGCUUUGAGAUGGAAAAAAGAGAGAGCCUGCUUGUGACUCCCUCAGUAGACACUGCUGAACACUCCCUGCCCCCCAAUGUCCUGUGCUUUGUGGAGGAUCCAGAGUUUGGCUACAAGGAUUUCACUAGGAGAGGAGAGCAGACGCCUCCCACUUUCCGAGCCCAGGACUAUACGUGGGAAGAUCAUGGCUACUCGCUUAUCAACCGCCUGUAUCCUGAUGUGGGACAACUGCUGGAUGAGAAAUUCCAGGUGGUCUACAAUCUGACCUAUAACACCAUAGCUAUGCACAGUGGGGUCGACACGUCCAUGCUCCGGAGGGCUAUUUGGAAUUACGUCCACUGUGUCUUUGGCAUUCGGUAUGAUGACUAUGAUUACAGGGAAGUGAACCAGCUUUUGGAGCGUAGCCUGAAAAUCUAUAUCAAAACCGUAGCCUGCUACCCAGAAAAAACCACUAAAAGAAUGUACACUCAUUUCUGGAGACACUUCAAACAUUCGGAAAAGGUGCACGUCAAUCUGCUUCUUUUGGAGGCCCGCAUGCAGGCGGCCCUAUUAUACGCCCUGCGUGCCAUCACCCGCUACAUGACCUGACUGGACUUGACUCCCCCUGUUCUUGUGCGAGGCAGCCUUGCUCCUGGACAAGGGAGCUUUCUUCCAAAGACUUGUUUCUGGAAUGUCUUGUGAAAAAAUCGAGUUACCUCACCCUUCUACCUGUGGCUGUUUUUGGAAGUGUUUGUGUGGGGAUGGUCUUUUCAGCAGCUCUGCCAAAAGUGACACUGAGGCAGAGGUGGGUUCAGAGUGAACUGUUCCCUUGAUGUGUGAAGGAAACCAACUUCUCUCCCAUCGUCACCUGGUUUCCGUCUGGGGUUUCUUGGUUUUGCCAAUGGUGGCCCAUGGUUUCGAAGCUUGAUGCUGAGGUGGCCAGCUACUGUUGGAAAAUUUGGGAAAGUCAUUGGGUUCCAUGCUGAUGUCUCUUGAUGAUCGGCUUGAUGUGCACCAAAGUUGGCGUAGGCAGCAUUUUGGUGAAUCGUGCAAUGAAUACCCAGUGUCCUGUCUAUGUCUUUUGCAAUGAAGGUGGUCCUGAACCAGCUGAGGCAAAGAUCACCAAAGAGAUCCCUCUGCUAUGGACACGGCAUUGCUCUUUCUCUUUGGUCUCAACUUGCUGCAGAACUUUGAAUGUAGGACUUUGAACAUUUCAAGCGGGUAACCCCUGAAGCUCUCUUAACAGUAGGGGACAGAGAUGUGCCCUGGGUGUGUGGUGAUGGCAAUGGAUGUGCUGGAUUUAAAACAAACUGGUCACUAGUGUAACUGGUGAUUACACUACAUUUCUUCUUUCUAAACUUCAGAUCCCAAGAUGACUGUACUUCAAAUGUUCUCCUUGGGAAUGUGGAAAUCUCUCAGCCACAGAGUGAGUGGUAGCUUGCAGAUGAGGUCAAACUAGAAAAAGAAUGUGGGUUUGUUGUUAGGUUGUCUGGAAUAUUCUCUCCUCCUAUUGUUCCCACCCUCCAAUGAGAGAGAAGACUAUCUUAACAUGGGAUUGAUUUCCCAGAUCAAAAAACUAGCUUAAAGUAUAGGAAUCUCUGUUCCCAAUCCCCCCCAAUCCCCCGAGGACAUCUGCUUCUGUCCUCUUUUUUUUCUUGUCCCUUUUUAAGAAGAUCCGUUCCUGAUGUAAUGCUGUGUUGUUUGGCUGAUCAACAGAUCCCAUUAUCUGCUCUUGCUCAAGUGUUUGAGCUUUGGACAUUGUGAAACUCUUAUCUUCUUUACAGUCUGCUCCCUGCUAUUCUGAAAGCUUGCAUUGUUGGCUUUAGAAAUGGGAAUGUCUCCACCCACCUGUGAAGCCCAUCUCCUUUUCGAUGAGAUAGUAAUGGCAUAGUCCAGACAACUUAGAAAUUUGGUGGCUGGAAGAGAUAUUGUUGAAAGAUCUUCACCUGAUCUAUUCAUGCAGUGAAAUGAGACACUAGACUUGAGAAGUGGUCUGUAUCAUUUCAGAUGAUAGGUGCCAGAAGUGCAAUUUAAACUUUUUCCUACUUUUUUUUAAACCUACCCUCUGUAAUAAAAUAAUUUAGCAUGAAAGAAGCUUGGUUUAGUUUCUUUCUCCUGCGUGCUGGUGUUUUAUUUGCAGGGAAUUUUUAGACCUUGUUCAUACAACAAGCCAGCCCAAGUCACCACUGCCUUGAGCAAUUGACUCAUCCGCCUGAGCUAGCAGCAUACGAUCACUGAGGACAUGGUCAGGUGGUGAGUCCCCAUAUUUGUUGUCCCCUAACCACCACUGACAUUUGCUAGUGGUGUUCCCCUCCUCUUUCCAUUGUAACAAAAAUGUUUAAAAAUCCACAGGGCCCAAUUGGGUUCAGUACUACCCCAAUCAGAGUAGAAUGAGCUUUUAUUUGUCCUCAGCCCUUUCUGCCUUGCCCUGCCCUGUUUGGCUGGAGGAGGGGGAAGCAAUAAAAAGAACAGAGAUGCCUAGAGAAGCUGUUUUUGUCUGAGGCCCUAGACCUUUGUCUGUUUUGGCAGCCAGAUGGGAGACUGACCUCGCAUCAACCCACUUGUGCUCACAGAACAUAGCUUUGUGCUGAUCAGCCUGAUCAUGUGAACUCUCCACUGAUCUGCUAACUCCCUAUAUCUCAUUGAUUGGAUUCUGCUGUUUCUUGAAGUGCUGACCCCUCUCUUGUGUGUGGGAGGAACAGGGCCUUAAUGUUGGAACGGUCAGAUGCAAAAAUGUGAUCCCUCAACAGCAGCACAGCAAAUCUUGCCCGACGUAGAUAACACAGGGGCUUCUGCUAUGGUCAAAUGGACCUAAACAUCGUGCCCUUAUGAUAUUCAUCAGGGUAUUGGCAACUAGAGAGCAGGGUGGGGAAGAUUCAAACUAUGUUUCUUUCAUUCCCUCCUGUACCCCUACCCUUGCCUCAAGCAAUAUUACAGAGGGUCCAUAGUUUUAUUUAACUCAUUUCUCUGGGCAAAUCUAUCAGGCCUGCUCAAAAGAGAGUUGCUCACUAAGCUGAAAGAAAACAUGAUUUGAGCUUGUUACUUCUGUCAAGCAAUUUCUCCUUCCCGCUAUUGCUUACUCUUUCUACUUUGAGAAGGAAUUAAAUGUCCGUCAUUUCAAAUGUUAGCAUCUAGGGAUGUGAGGGUUUAAAAUAUUUUUAUCCUAACUCCCAUGGACUUGGCAUUUGGGCAUGCUGGCAGGAGCUGGUAGGAGUUGGAGUCCAACAGCUGGAAGACUAGAAGUCUCCUUACAUGUCCGUUAGAUUCUGGCGCCUGGCUCCUUUUUAAAUUUUUUCUCCAGUAUUACAUUUCAGUGUGUUCCCAUGUGAAAACUUCUACUAAAUCCUGGAAUACUUCAGCGAUGCCUUUUUGCUCACUCUGUAUACUUAGUACAGGAGAGGGGAACUCCUUUAGGUAUUAUGGGUUGCUAACAUCUGUGCGCUUUAGCCCUUGUGGCCUAAAAGUUGGAAAUUAUAGAAGUCAUAAGCCAACAUCUGGAGAACCACAAGUUCCUCACCACUAGUUUGCCAAUUCCUUUUUCUUUGAAAUCUUGGGAUUCAAAUCUAAGUUUUAGACUGGUAUUAAGCCUUGAAGUCAUACACAACAAGCAAGAAUCUGCCCCCUCCUUCCCCCCUUGUAACUACUGCUCAGCAAUAACCAGCUUCAAAUAGUAACUAUGAUGAAGUUGGGUUCCCAGGAAAAUUUGAACCUUUCCAGGCAUUUCUGAAAUACACAUAAGAUUCAUUUUGGAGCAAACAACUCGGGUUACAAGAGCUAAAUUUAACUGUUGCAGGCUUGGCCAAAGGUUGCUCCAGCUAGACUGUAUAGUUGGGGGCGGGGGGUGAGCUUAAUAGCCAAAACAGCUUCUUCUGGUACCUCCUUGGUGCAGAGUUUGCUUGGGUGAGAGAUGCAAUCUGCAUUACUUUUUCCAUUGGCCAGAUCCCUAUACCAGGAGUGUGUCUCAGAAGUCCUCCAUGACAGCAGUCCAAAGUGUUACGGUUUAUGCUAAGUCCCAGGAACAAUUAUCCCUGAAGCCAGUGUACCCAGAGAACCCAGAAUAGUGUUUGCAGGUGCCUUGUUUUGUUUUAAGCCAAAGCAAUGGUACAUAGGAUUCAUUUGUGGAACCUAUCUUAUAAGACAGGCUAGUCAGAUGCCACCAACAGGGCUUUUCAGGCAUUUGGGGUACACAUUGCAGGCUUCCUUUCAGAAAUUCCAGUUUGGUAUACCAUAUAUAUAUUGUGUUUACUUCGUAUAUUUUCUUGUGAACUCACAAGAGCCAUGGACUUAACAUUUGCAAACUUUCUGCACAGGUCUUCUCUUGAGAAGAGUGUAAAAGAAUGUUUCCAACUAGUUGAAACUUACUCCUUAAACUGAGACAAAAGUGCUUGGGGGUUUAUUAUAUUUAAUUCUUUGGUUGACUCCACUUCAGUGUUAUUUGGACUGCCUGGCAUUUAAUAGUUGUUACCUAUCCUGCACUGCAAAGCAAGUUUCUGAAAGUAUCUUUUGGUCACAAGGGCUGGACUCUGUGAAAUAUCAUAAUUUCUGCAGGAUUUAAGGCUGAGCUAUACCCCUUUUCUGCAGUGGGAUGUAUUUGAAAUAACUUUGCCAGCAGAGCUCCCCCAUAACUUCUCUUCAGAAUUAAGGCUCCUGUACAGCAUACUUUUCUUCUCCUUGACUUGUGGCAGUACAGGUAGUCCUCAACUUAUGACCACAACUGGGACCGGGGCUUCCAUCACUAAGUGAUAUGAUGGUUAAGUG